AUGGAUACCUUCUUAAAUACUUGCCAGAUCAGUUUGGAAUCUGUAAGACGGUUUAUGGAAGAAGCUGACGCUAGCACUCCAGAAGUCAAUCAGCGACUGAAAAACUUUAACGAAGUCGUGCUAAUUUUAUCCAGCUUGAUCCAAGAUGCAGUCGUAGGCGUCGACCAGGAGUGGCCAGAGCUUGCGAGAAACCUUUGCAAAACACUUCUUUUUGGUGAUUGGAUGAGGCUGACAAUGACAAUGGCUUGUCACUCAAGUUUUUUCAAUGAGGUAGAAACCCAACAGAAAGCAGAUGAAACAAGUAAACUUCCAUCACACAUGCAAACAAAGGUCGACGAGAUAACUGAAUACUUGAAAAAAUGCCAAGAUAUUUUGAAGGGGACCGACAAAAUAAUACAUUCCCUAAUAGAAAAGGUGAGAAUUCACUUAAUUACCGUUGGGAUCAUAUUCAAUAAUCAUGUUUGUCGUCUCUGAAUAUUUUAUACUAUCGGGCCUCAUUCCUAUCUCCUCAUUCCUCUCAGAAUGUAACCAGUUUACUCAAUUAAUGAUUUCUAUUUUUGGUUUAUUUCACCUACUCUUGGAUCCAUGGGGUACACCUUAAAAGUCAACUUCAAUUCGGCUGACUCGGGAACGCUUGUACAUUGUGAGCUCCAAAUCUAGGAAUAUAUAGCUUAACCCACGAAGGUUCCUAUCUUAAGAAAUCCAUUAUCUCUGUUGAACUGAAAUCAAUAGCAUCUGGAGGCAUAAAAGAAGAAUUGAAGGACCAGUUGUGUAAAUAUUUUUUAUGCAUAUUCAUAUGCAAGUCCAUAAUGUGCUAUUAUUUUAGGCCAGAAUGUACGAAUCAACGUUCACGUUGCCUUGGUAACAGCUGAUAAUAGCACCUGAUAUACAAUUACAUUCUUCCGAUCUUGUCAAGCAACAAAACCGCAAUCAUCUCACUUGUGUUAUAAAUUUGUGAUAAUUUGAACUUUUGUAGGCAGGGCAGAGUGUGAUUCAAUGAUAUGGCUAUGAACACAAAAAAUUCUCACCCACACGGCUGACGCUCAUGGGUAUAACAUAUGGUUCCUGUAGAGCGGACUUUGAAAUUAUCCUCAGGUAAUUUAAACUACGUUUUCAGUAUGGGAUUACUUGUGAAUAUUGACAGUUUUUAACUAUCCUACAGGUACGUGAGGCAAAACGCGCAAAUUUCAAGGGAAUCCCUGAUGAAGAUAUUCGUACUUUGCAAAUGGAUGUUGAAGAUAUGGGAUACAACCUGGAGAUGAGUAAGAAAUACUUGGACAGUGCUUAUCAGGCUUUCAACCAGCUCAAGGCAGAUAUAGAUGCAGAAAGGUGGAGCCAUCAAGUUAGUGUUGCUGCCAUUUCAACUGGAUGUCUUGCCGUUUUAACGAUUGGUGGAGGUUAGUACAUGCAUAAUUUCUGGUGACCAACGUAUUGAGCUUAAAAUCUUUUGUUUUUCUUAACCUGAACGUGGUGCCAUUCAUCUCACCAAGGUUUAGAGUUUUCUCAAGAUCUUAUGGCCGUUUUGAAAUUAGUCUUGGCAGCUAGAAUUGUGAAAUGACAUUGGGGGCCCGAAUUUGCCAGAAAAACACAAGUCCUUCAGGAAAAAUGGCUUCUGUUCGGCCUCAUUGUGUAGAGCUCGAGCGAAUAAAAUUUCAGAAGGAACCAAAGCCUUGUCACUCCAAAAGAUUUCCCAUAAUAAAUGUGUAUGUUUCAUGAUAGACAGGUCGCCUAAAAAAAUAUUUUAAAACAGUAAUUCAUGAAGACAUUAAAUAUACUUUGCAGUUCACCUGUAUGUAUUAUUUACUUAUUUAUAUUUUAUUCGCUUUUCGUGUUUCGUUUCUAGAGGUUUAAUUGGCUGUCUUUUUGUUGUAACUUGGAAUCUGCUUCACCGCGCUGCAAACCAUUAACAUUACUCUAUAUAAUAGGCUAAAUUAGAUGCACAUUUUGUUUGGCCCUUCCUUACCAUCCACUGGAGGACAGACACAUUGAUGAUGUCAUUAUUAACUGUUUUUUUGCUUCUAAAACAACAAAACAGACGCCCGCCAACAUGGAAUCUAUUUGUUAAUCACAGAAAUGAUUUUGAGUAUCCCUUGCUCAGAUUUCCCCUUCAUUUUUGGCAUUCUACGUAAUUUCUGGAAUAUUUUCAGAUUGAUUUAACUUCAUUUUAAUACAUCCUAGUUGCGUUGAAUGUGAAUUUUCCAACUGCCAACCAAACCGGAGCCGUUAAGAACUUUAGUGAACGUCUAGGUGAGUUGGAAACAGCGAAUCUCGCUUUACUUGGGAUCGGAGGUGCGUUUGGAGCGGCGAGUUUAACCCUUUUCAUUUAUACCUACAUAAAUUCCUUUGGCAAAAGGCUCGAUGAACAGCUUGCAAGGGUCCAGAGUGAUUUGCAGAGGGCACAGACAGAGUAUGACGUCCAAGAAAUUCAAUUCAAUAAGAAAUUGAAAGAACGAAUGAAGCGUUAG